AUGGCCCGUUGGAACGCGAGCAAGACAGCAAUUCCACCUGAACGUUCCAAAGAGCUAGAAAUCGACAUCAGAGACAGAGAGUUCAACGGCCUCUCCGAGGAGGAUUUGGUUGCCGUCACGCCACGGCUCAGACUGCUGGCCAGCGCGGCAAAAGCCUCGCGCAUUCCGUACGAGAUCGACCAUUCGGAACACUACAAGUUGCUUGUCCGUGCCGUUUCCAACCUGCUCUCCACUGAGCUUGCGCUCUUCACGUUUGCCCAGAUCAUCGACGGCCUGCCUACCGCCGACGUUGCCUGGGAUCGCCGAUAUCCCGGUCUUUCCGGAGCGCACCCCAUCGAAGAGCACGAGGAUAUUUGCCCCGGCGUGCUCGAGAGGGCCCGUCGUUUCCGCGCCGAUUUCGAUCCUGGCAUCCUCUCGUUUGACCCCAAGCCACUCCGCGCCUUCCGUAAGGCUGCUCCGGGCUCCCGCUUGUUCAACACGCGCCUGAUCGAGCUGGCUGCCGUGGCGAUGCACCAGAUUGGAACGCUCUUGUUCCAGCUCGAGCUGCGCAUGCACGACGGCGACAUCGAACGCAUCAGCCAAUGGAGCGAGGAAUCCCCCGGCGGUGAGCGUGGGCUCCCGCUCCGACCGACACUGUUCAGCCACCACGGCUACCUCGACCACGACGUGUAUCCUGACGGGGUUGCCGAUGUUGUUGGAUAUUGGGCGGAGGACCGCAUCCUGGGAGGCGUCGCCGUCUUCGACCGCGCAUCCGAGCAGCUUGCUCCCCAGUUUCCCCCCAAUGUCUAUUUCCACUCUUGCCGCCAGCGCGCGACACACCGCUAUUAUCAGCUGCGCGAUGACCAGCAGCAGGCCCUGCUGGACUUUCUCCUGGCUGAAAAUCCUGCUCCAUCCGCGGCCCCCAUUCCCAUCCUCGCCGACGACGGAAACGUCGUGAGAGUCGACCAGGAGCAGGCCCUGGUGAGGCAGCUAUACCGGGAUGUCUGGGAGCGGAAACCCCCAACGCGCGAGUACCUCAAGCUUGUGAGCAGCAGGCCGAGGAGCACCGUGGACUACCCGGAGUAUAAGGCUUUCAUCAAACACAUAAACACCACGUCAGAUCACGGCGUGGAGGGCGGCGAUGCUGGGGGAUCCACCGAGGGCGAGAGGAAGCGCAAGCGCGAAGACAGCCAGGAUGGUCAGACGUAG